AUGGCGUUAAGGUAUGUAAAUAACGAGACCCAUUUCGUUAGCUUCACCGGUGUUUAUUCCUCGUCGGGCUGGGCCGGGAGCAGCUACCGCAGGCACGGCUGGCGGAGCGGCUUCGUCCGUGGGGCUCCUUUGCGAGCCUUAGCGGUCUCGACUCCUUUUGCCAGAGAUGCCUCGUCCUACUGCGUGCACACAGGCAACCGGGUAGGGGACCAUAAAUUCAGUGCUCACCGGAUCGUGCUGGCAGCUUCUAUCCCGUACUUCCAUGCCAUGUUCACCAACGACAUGAUGGAGUGCAAGCAGGAUGAGAUUGUCAUGCAGGGGAUGGAUCCCAGUGCACUUGAGGCUCUGAUCAACUUUGCCUACAACGGCCACCUGGCAAUAGAUCAGCAGAAUGUCCAGUCUCUGCUGAUGGGGGCGAGUUUCCUUCAGCUGCAGAACAUCAAAGAUGCUUGCUGCACUUUCCUCAGAGAGAGGCUUCACCCCAAGAACUGUCUGGGAGUGCGGCAGUUCGCAGAGACGAUGAUGUGCGCGGUGCUCUACGACGCUGCCAACAGCUUCAUUCACCAGCACUUCGUGGAGGUAUCCAUGUCCGAAGAGUUCCUGGCACUGCCUUUUGAAGAUGUCCUGGAGCUCGUUUCUAGGGAUGAGCUGAACGUGAAGUCUGAAGAGCAGGUGUUUGAAGCUGCGUUAGCCUGGAUACGGUACGACCGAGACCAGAGAGAGUCGUUCCUGCCUGAGCUCCUGUCCAAAAUCCGCCUACCCCUUUGUCGACCUCAGUUUCUCACUGACCGUGUGCAACAAGAUGACCUGGUCCGUUGCUGCCACAAAUGCAGGGAUCUAGUUGAUGAGGCAAAAGAUUAUCACCUCAUGCCAGAGCGCCGGCCACACCUCCCAGCGUUCAAGACCCGUCCUCGGUGCUGUACAUCAAUUGCAGGAUUGAUUUAUGCUGUUGGAGGACUUAACUCAGCAGGUGACUCGCUGAAUGUGGUGGAAGUCUUUGAUCCCAUUGCCAACCGCUGGGAGAAGUGCCAGCCGAUGACGACAGCCCGGAGCCGAGUUGGGGUAGCGGUGGUGAACGGACUGCUCUAUGCCAUUGGCGGCUACGACGGUCAGCUAAGGCUGAGCACUGUGGAGGUUUACAACCCAGAGAUGGAUUCCUGGUCCAAAGUGGAAAGUAUGAACAGCAAGCGAAGCGCCAUGGGAACAGUGGUGCUGGAUGGCCAGAUCUACGUAUGUGGUGGAUACGAUGGAAACUCAUCCCUCAAUUCCGUGGAGUCCUAUUCUCCAGAAACAAACAAGUGGACGGUGGUGACCCCCAUGAGCUCCAACCGCAGCGCCGCCGGAGUCACCGUCUUCGAGGGCCGGAUCUACGUAUCGGGAGGGCACGACGGCCUACAGAUCUUCAACAGCGUGGAGUACUACAACCAUCACACGGCCACCUGGCACCCGGUCGCCAGCAUGCUCAACAAGCGCUGCCGCCACGGAGCAGCCUCGCUAGGCAGCAAGAUGUUCGUCUGCGGAGGCUACGACGGCUCGGGCUUCCUCAGCAUCGCCGAAGUCUACAGCUCCAUGGCGGAUCAGUGGUACCUGAUCGUCCCUAUGAACAGCCGGAGGAGCCGCGUCUCCCUCGUUGCAAACUGUGGCCGUCUGUACGCGGUGGGGGGUUACGACGGACAGUCCAACCUCAGCUCGGUAGAAAUGUACGACCCGGAGACAAACCGCUGGACGUUCAUGGCCCCGAUGGUGUGCCACGAGGGAGGGGUCGGCGUGGGCUGCAUACCCCUCCUGACCAUCUGA